AAACAGGAAUUGAAUUGAUUAGUUGAAAUACUGUUUGCAGCAGAAAUACGUGUCUCUCCACUGGAAGAGGUAUCACGUGAUAUCAAGCAUUGCGGUUUGCAUGAUACGAACGUGAGGUGAGGUGACCAAUCAUCCGUCUUCACAACCACAAUCUAUAAAGAGUCAACUUUAACAAAGACGCUCCACUACAGACAAAAUGAAAGCAGCUCUGCUACUUGUCCUCUCGGCAGUACUGUGUCAUACAGUGAACAGCUCCUGCACGUCAUGCAGUUAUGGUACUGAAGAGGUUGACUGCACGGACCCAUUUACUCCCUCGGGGCCUGUAUUGGACAUCUGUUACACAGUCAACGAGGACCUUUGCUCGAAGUAUGGCGACUACGCUAUCUACUGCCAGACGGGCGCACUCGAUAUCAGCUGUAAAAAAUAUGGUCAUUGUUCCAAUGGGAACAACGGCUCCUGCACAGCGUGCAAGUAUGGUACUGCAGAGGCUGACUGCACGGACCCAUUUACUCCCUCGGGGCCUGUAUCGGAAAUUUGCGACACAUUCGACGAGAACCUUUGCUCGAAGUACGGCAACUAUGCAAUCUACUGCCAGAGCGGUGGAAUCAGUACCAGCUGCAAGAAAAGCGGCGAAUGUUCCAAUGUGAAGAGCUCCUGCACAGCGUGCAAGUAUGGUACUCCAGAGGCUGACUGCACGGAUCCAUUUACUCCCUCGGGGCCUGAAUCGGAAACUUGUAACACACUCAACGUGGACCUUUGCACGAAGUACGGCGACUAUGCCAUCUACUGUCAAAAAGGUGGACUCAGAACCAGCUGCAAGAAAAACGGUCAAUGCGUCAAUGAGGCCAGGUCAUUGACCCCUAGCCUCGUCCUGAUAUCUGCCAUCCUCACUAUCGGAAUCAAGAUGGCGUAUUAAUUCCACGGAGAACAUGCUGUCGGUGUCUGUGUGUAGGUGUGUGUG